CCCGUCGCCGGCACCCUCCGUAUCAUACCUGGAUAUCCUCAUCUCCACCCCACCUCAGGUAAAUGCCGUCAACGCAAACCCCCACCCUUCCCCAAAAAACACGAUGAUGACCAAUUCCCUCUCCAAAAAACUGGUAUUGGUAACCGGCGCCUCACGGGGUAUCGGCCUCUCAAUAUCCCAAAAAUUCGCCCACACCGGCGCAAACCUAAUCCUAAUAUCCCGCACCAAGUCCCACCUGGACGCCGCCCUAUCUACAUUACCGCCCGGAGGCGAGCACCAGUGUAUCGCUGGUGACGUUGGGGAUCCAGAGCUUUGGGAGGAGGUUCGGGGAGGAUGUGGGAAGAAGCUAGAUGUCCUUGUGAACGCUGCCGGAAUCACGCAUUACAGUCUCCUGAUGGCGACAAAAUCGGAGACGAUACAGGAAGUUAUCAGGACUAAUUUGGUGGGAUCGGUGUUAGGGUGUAGGGCUGUGCUGAAGGGUAUGAUUCGGGCUCGGAGUGGCUGUAUAAUUAAUAUUUCGUCGGUACUUGGGAUUAAAGCUGGCAUGGGAUCCGUAGCUUACGCUGCCAGUAAGGCCGGUGUUAUUGGAUUAACAAGAUCACUAGCAGCCGAAGUUGGAAGCAGUGGGGUAAGAGUUAAUGCAAUUCUUCCGGGGUAUAUCGACACGGAUAUGACGGGUGGCAUGGCAGAAGGAGCACGAAGGGAUGCGCUCGAGUUCACGCCGGUGAAGAGGAUGGGCACGGUAGAAGAAGUCGCAGACGCAGCAAUGUUUCUGGUGCUGAAUGAAUUUGCGAAUGGGAGCCAGGUUGUGCUCGAUGGGGGGCUUUCGGCUACGUAGUUUGGAGGUUUUUAUAGACUAUAUCACACAUAAAAGUUCCAGACUGCCGCUAGCAUGUAACCCCAAGUUUGGAAAAUACUCGAAUGGUAAGCCCUGUCAGCUAUGGGGGGUUGUUCUCGAUGAAAACAAUAGAGCUCCUCCACUUGGUCGCGGGAGACAGUGUAUCAUAUCAGCAACCAAAUGUUUUUCGUUGUUGAUCUCCUGACCAGUUCACAAAAUUACC